CGCGCGACCACGUCCAAUCUCCCUCUCCUACUGCUCGCUGCUUACCAUUCUUGCUUUAACGCUCUGUAGAACGUUUCUUAGCUGAAAACGCGCUCUCUCAUACAUCUGGUAUCUUGUGCUCAGUAGCAGUAGUCUUGGUUUUACCUCUGACGCGUUUUCUACCUCUGACGCGCUCUCGUUAGGCAGAACAUGACUGACUUUUCUGGCGCGACGUUGUUCACCGCUGGACCGAUGUAUGAAGAAAAGCCACAGACCCAGCACUGCUCUAAUUGCCAUUAUCACCACACUCUGGACCGGUUUGGAAUCGCGCCGAAUGGGAUGCGGAGGAAGACAUGUCGAAAGCGGAAGAAGAAAGAAGUUGUUUAUGACAGCUGGUCGGAGUUUUUGGAAUUUGCGCAGGAUUGGCAUGACAAGGAAGACUUGGAACUGAUGACAAUCGAGAAACGCUUUCUGAUCAAAGACCUGCCAGUUAGCUUUACCGACACUCCAAACUCAAUCAACAACAGUCCAGAUUCAGGCAUUAGCGACAAGUUGCAGCGGAAACGAUUCCAUCGGCCAGCCACACAGCUGAUGGAGGCUCUCUUUAAAGCAGGAGGCUACCGGUUCAAAUAUCGCGGAACUAGUUCAGGCAAGAUCUUGCAUUUCGACUGCUGUCAGGAUGAAACCAGAGUCAAUACCAAGCGUGAUCAUGAUGGUCGACUGAGGCAACGGGACCGCGUACGGAUGACUCGUUUCCCAUGCGAAGGCAGACUCGUUCUCUAUGUAGACGUGGAGAUGCAGAUAGUCAGCUUGAGAUUGAACCACAAGCAUCAUGAGGCCUAUAACGAUACCGGCGUCACGCCAGCGAUGAGGGAUUCCAUAGAUGAGAGGAUAUUGGAGAUAUCACCUUGCAAUAUAUACCGCAGCCUGACGAGGACGAAUAUCGAGUGUCAAACGGCAGCAAGUCUACAACAUGUGUCGUAAAAGAGACGCGAUUCAAAAAUCUACAGUUCGUCUGGAGUCUUAACUGUCUAAUAAGAAGUGAAGGACGCAAAG